AUGGCAAGACUGCCCCUCUAUUGUUACGCCUCCGCCCUCAGAACUUCCGAACCCCUUCUCCAGUUGUCAUCGUCGUCGAUGGCAGCCGAAGCCCACACGAAUCCUCACCAAAACCAACUGGAAAGUGCCCCCAAAACACUAGAAAAUUACCCGGUGCCAUUAUCCCCACCGCCGCCACUUAUAUCCAAGAGCGUGGAGCUGAACAGAGCCUUAACCGCUUCUUCAAAGUCUUCCCUUUUUUCUCUCUCUAGAAAAGACGUUCUCUUCGAAGAUGAGUGGCUCCUUGCCGUCGACAAGCCUCAGGGGAUUUACUGCGAGACCUUGUUAUCUUCUGUGCAAACUCUCCUGAAUGCCGGAGGCAAAGAACAAUUGCAGGAGCUUCAUCUAUCUAACAGGCUUGACCGCGACACAAGUGGCGUGACACUCAUAACCAAGUCGCACAAAGUGGCGGCCAAGCUUGUCAAGGCUUUUACCGAUCACAUGAUAAAAAAAACUUACCUCGCCUUCUGUGUUGGUACAGCUCCAAAAUGGGGAAAUAUUACCAUUAAAUCAGGACAUGGCCGCUCGAGGCACGGAGCAUGGCGGGUCUAUGCUUCGUCGGAUGUCGGCCGGUCACUGCCUGGCGGCUCAGUUGUUCGGGAUAUGGAAACAUUUUUCGAAGUUUUAUCAGUAAAUGAGAAAGGCUGUGUCAAAGAGUUGUCUGCCUCCAAAGCACACUCAGAAGAAUUGACUGUGGAGGGAAGAUCUGAAAUGGCCCCCAAUGUAGAGAGAGAUGAAGUUUUGGUGAGAGCUUAUCCGAAAAGUGGAAGGACCCAUCAAAUCCGUUUACACUGCCAGUAUCUUGGGAUCCCUAUUAGGGGUGACGUGAAGUAUGAGGGUGUCAAUGAAUGGAAGGGGAGAGUUUAUGAAGGGCAUGAGCUUCAUGCUGAAAGCUUGUCUUUCGAGCAUCCUGUUACGGGUCAGCCUGUUCUGAUUCGGGCAACUUUGCCUUUGUGGGCCACCCAAGCACUAGGGCAACUUUUCUCAUAG